AUGCGCCAUCCGCACCUCGGCCCCAAACAGAAAAUUGGGCGGAUCUCGCAAGAUGUGGAUCAACCAAUCUUUACCUAAACAGGAUAGCAUUGCGAAAUGAUCGUCCACACGUUCCUCCGAGGUCCAACGUGCGAUCAUCGUCAACCCCAUGCUUAUCAGGCACGACCUGCGCUAGUUUCCGCAAUGGCAUGAUCUGAAAAUGUCGCUAACCCAGGUAAAGUUGACCCUUCGCGAGAAGCUGGACAUAUUGCCAGCUGUCGCAAGCAUCAUUGUCGCAGCCGUCUAUGCUCUCCUGACAGGUCUAUGGCGCACGGAGCGCCAGGCCAAAUCCCUCCUCCUCCAUUUUGGCUAUGCUAUCAUGCGCAAGUCUACACAGCGCUUGUCGCCGAGCCAGAUGCAGUUUAUUCUGCCAGGCUCCACCACAAUCUACAAUCGCUUUGUGAAGAAGGUGGGCUAUAAGCCGGAGUCGGUGGAGUUGAGCCAUGGGGCUACGGGCCACUGGAUCGGUGACCCCAAUGCGACAAACGUCGUGAUCUGGUACCACGGCGGUGGAUUCGGUCUACCCUCCAAUCGUGGCUACAUCAAUUUCUAUGCGCAGCUCGUCCGCCAUCUCGAGGCAGCCAGCAAGAGUGUCGCCGUGUUCUCACUCACAUACACUCUCGCCCCCAACGCUACAUACCCGACACAGCUGAAACAAGCCGUUUCCUGCGCCCGAUACAUCCUUGCCCAGCCAAAUCGGGACCCAGCGACUGUUUUCCUAGGCGGCGACUCGGCUGGCGGAAAUCUGGUCUGUGGCGUGUUAUCGCAUGCCGCACACCCCCACCCCCAAAUCGAGCCUUUGCCCAUCAAUGGCAAAUUCGGUGGCGCUGUCAUGAUUGCGCCAUGGACUUUACUCGAUACUGAGUUCCCUGAUCAGGAAAUAUAUUCGGGUGGUGAUUUGAUUACGCCACAGGUUGCGGCGCCUUGGGCUACGGCCUUUUUGGGUCGUGCGCCGCGCGAUAAUUACACGGAUCUUUUCCAUGCUCCUACAGAGUGGUUUGAAACCUUUCCUGUGCAGACUGUUCUGAUUACUGGUGGUGGCAAUGAGAUUAUGUUGCCGAUUAUUCUGGAAUUCUCGAAGAAGUUUAAGGAUGGGUUUGGGAAUGUGGAGAUGUUUGUUGGGCAUCGCGAGUGUCAUGUUGCACCGGUUUACAAUUCUAUGUUACACGAUAACACGGAAACAGAGCAGGGGAAGAAGAUUAAGUCGUGGCUGGUGGAGCUGGCUCACUAGAUAUUGUGUUACUUUCGGCUAUUGUUCGGGUGAUGUGAUACAUAUUGAAGUGUCAA